ACACUGCACCAUCAUUUUUUCUGGUCCAAAUCGACCCGGAUCCCAAGAAUCAGUGAUCUUUUCUCAUUAUUUUCCCGCAUUCUAUAGGUCUUUUACCUGGGCUUUAGGUCUAAAUACCUAAUUUCGUAAAAUCGUCAUAUUGUACGCGUGCAUUCUCGAACAUUCCCGCUAGGUACUUACCUACUUGUUUGACUGAGAACUACUGUAUCAACUUAAUACCUACUGCAUUGUAAUAGCAUAGGUAAAUACCACUAAUAUUAGUAAAUUCCUUCAGUUAACAUAAGUACAAACUUAUAUUUCAACCGCAUUCUUUUGUUUAGUCAACAGCUAAAUACCUAUUUUACACGCCAUCUUUUCUUACUAUUCCUUCCUACCUACCAACAUGGAGGAUAUCAAAAUAAAAGUUAAAAUACUGCAAGCUAAAAACAAUGCUAUUUACGAACGCUUAACUUCAUUGUAUGAAUCUUCUAAGAAAAUAAAUAUAACUAAUAUGGAGCUUCGUUCUGCGGAGACAUUCAUGGCAGACACGGAGAUUCUUUCUGUAAUCCGCCAGGAAUUUAGUUCCAACCUUGAUAAACUAAACGCAUACCUUUUACAAUUAAAUCCUGAUCAUACAGUCGAAUAUAGUAGCCUCAUCUCAUUCGACGGUGUUUACACUCGGGUAGAACGAGUUCGUUCUCUUAUCAUUACUUAUCGUUCAAAAUCGUCGACAAGCUCAACGUCGCACGAGAGCGCCGCGCAAAAUAAAGGUGUAGUCAAACUACCACCGAUUCACAUUCCUUCCUUUGAUGGUAAAAUAAAUAACUGGCCGGUUUUCUAUGAAUCAUUUAAAUCAAAUAUCCACAAUAACUCUAAUCUUACAGAUUCCCAACGAGUUCAAUAUUUAGUAGGUAGUCUCAAAGGCAACGCUUUACAAAUUACCGCCGGAAUUAUUCCGUGCGGAGAAAAUUACUCAGCUAUUUGGGACAGUUUAGUAAAAAAAUACCAAGAUAAACGGGCACUUGGUUCGCAUUAUCUUUCUAAUAUUUUCAAUAUUAAACCCGCCAUUAACAAUUCUAUUUCAUUGAAUAAUUUCAUAGAAAGUUUUCACGCGUCAGUUUCAGCUUUAGAACAAUUACAGAUCAAAGACCUAAAAGAUUUUAUUUUAUUAAAUUUAGCUUUGAAAAAAUUAGAUCCUGCUACAGUACAAUUAUUUGAAAUGCAUAUGAGAGAUGAGGAGAUUCCUACUUACACGGAUUUCGUUGAAUUUAUAAAAUCGCAAGUUAAAAUAUUAGAUCGCACAACAUCAUCUCGAUACGCUCUAGUGAGUAAUCACCCUAAUAAAAGUAUUUCUCCCGCGCCGCGUACUCAGUCACGUGAUACUAGCACGGUACAUACUUUCGUUACUUGUGACAAUAAUAACCAGUCUUGUUUGUAUUGUAGUAAACAUGAUCAUUUUAAACUUUAUAUUUGUCCAUCUUUUCAAUCGCUUUCACCCAAUUCGCGUUUGGAUUUUAUUAAAACCAAACGGGGAUGUGUAAACUGUCUUAGUGCUACGCACACUGCUUCACAGUGUAAAUCUAUACAUACUUGUAAACAGUGUAAUAAGAAGCAUCAUUCACUUUUACAUCUUGAUAAUAAUAACUCGCAAACGCAGCCUUCUCGCGCGCCCACGGUUGAGUCGGCCGCCGCUGUCGCUAGUUCCGCGACCUCGCAACAGGUGGCGUUAUGUGCAUGCGCUAGCGUAGGUAAAACACCGCGUUCUACAAUACUUCUUUCGACUGCGCAAGUAUACGUGGACACUAAACAUAAUAAAUACAUUUCUGUCAGAUGUUUAAUAGAUAAUGCUUCUCAAAAUAAUAUAAUUACGUCCGCUUGUUGUAAAAAACUGCAAUUAGAUAUUAACCCGCUUUCAAAUUCAUUUAUAAAGGGCGUUGGAACCUCAUCGCGUCCUAUCUUAGGUUACGUUGAUAUAACUGUUUCCGCGAAAGAUAAAACAGUUUCUUUCAAAAUUACCGCGCUUGUUGUCGAUUGCAUAACAGAUAACUUACCAUCUCACUUUGUUGACACUUCUACAGUGCAACAUUUGUUCGAUUUACCGCUCGCUGACCCACUAUGGCAUAUACCUGGUGAGGUGGAAUUGCUACUAGGGGCAAAGCUGUUCCCGUAUUUAUUAUUAAAUAACAAAAUUAUCUCACCUACCGCGCCGUCCGCUAUUGAAACCGUGUUUGGUUACAUUCUUAUGGGUGAGGUACCCGCUAGUUUAUCUAACAAAAAUUAUAGUCCCGCAUCCAGUGAAUUAAAUACUGCCUCAUAUUUUUCUACCGCAUUAAACAUCGAUAAUACUCAUUGUUUUCUUACUUUAGAAGAAUCUUUACAUAAAUUUUGGAACAUCGAAGAAGUACCUUCAAAAUCUUUCAUGAGCCCUGCCGAACGUGAGUGUGAGCAGUUGUACGCUUCUUCUGUGUCACGCGACGCUAGUGGUAGGUAUUGUACCGCGUUACCUUUUUGUAAAAAUCCAGAUUCACUUGGAAAUUCUUAUGCUGUCGCUUACCGACGUUUUAUUCAUUUAGAAAAUACUAAACUUCGCGACCCUGCUUUGCGCGAUAGUUAUAACAAAAUAAUUAAAGAAUAUCUCGAUCAAAAUUAUUUAACAGAAAUUACGUCUAGUUCCUCUGAUAAAUCAGUAGGUUAUUAUAUACCGCAUCACCCUGUUAUUAGAGAUGAUAAACAAACCACAAAAGUCCGCAUUGUCCUUGACGCAAGUGCUAAGUCUCACAAUGGCGUGUCAUUGAAUGAUCUGUUGCAUACAGGGCCGAAUUUACAGGCUGAUAUAUUUUUAUUACUUUUAGAUUUCCGAUUGUUUCCUAUAGCAGUUACAUCUGAUUUAAAACAAAUGUAUCUUCAAGUGGCUGUUAUUGAUGAGCAUAGAAAAUACCAAAAAAUAUUAUUUCGCUUUAAUACCGCAGAACCUAUUCGCGAGUUUCAAUUUAAUCGCGUCGCAUUUGGUCUGAAGUCCAGUCCCUUUCUAGCCAUGCGCACUGUGCGCCAGCUAUCAGAGGAUGAAAAACAUCGUUUCCCUCGCGCGUCCAUCGUUGCUUCGCAUGAUCUUUACAUGGAUGACCUGGCUUAUUCUAUUCCUUCACUGGAGGAAGCCAAGGUUCUUUCCGCUGAACUCAUCGACUUAUUUAAGGCCGGGGGCUUUGACCUUGUGAAGUGGGCAAGUAACUCUCCGGAACUACUUGAUGCCGUCCCACAUUCUAACCGCUCUUCCAUUAACUUCUCUGAUGGGGACAAUAUAAAAAUUCUCGGACUCAAAUGGAUUCCUUCUGAAGAUUGUUUCACUUUUACCACAUCUGACUUAGAUAAACGUUGCACUAAACGUUCCAUACUUUCCACGGUUGCUCGUCUGUGGGAUGUUCUAGGUUUUGUUGCUCCUGUAGUUUUAUUCGCGAAGCUACUUAUUAAAGAAUUAUGGAAAUUAAAUACGGAUUGGGAUGAGACUCCGCCCGAUUCUAUCGUACAUCUCUUCCAGCAAUUUAGUGAGCAAUUGCCUUUACUUUCUACGCUAAAGAUACCGCGUCACGUAGCCGUUUCUAUGGGUUGCGUGAUUAAUAUAGUAGGUUUUGCUGACGCCAGUAUGAAGGCAUAUGGCUGCGUCAUAUACUUACAUGUCACUGAUACAAAUGGUAACACACACGUAUCUUUGGUGUGUGCUAAAUCCAAAGUCGCACCUGUUAAGGUCGUAUCUCUGGCUCGUCUAGAGCUAUGUGCCGCUCUUCUUUUGUCAAAAUUAAUUAAACUAGUUUAUGACACUUACCGCUCCCGUACCGCUAUUAAUAAUAUAUUUGCCUUUUCUGAUUCUACUAUUACGCUUUCAUGGAUUCAUUCCUCACCGCACAAAUGGAACACUUUUGUCAGUAACCGCGUCGCUAAAUGUCAAGAAAAUCUUGAUCCUAAAUAUUUUUAUCACAUUAACGGUAAAGAAAAUCCUAGUGAUUGUCUGUCUCGAGGUCUUCUACCUGAACAGAUUUUAAAUCACGAUUUAUGGUGGCAUGGCCCUGAGUGGCUUAUGCUCCCAACCGCUGAGUGGCCUAUCACUCCUUUUGUGUCUUCAUGCAACGAACAAUUACCUGAAUUUAAUAGUAAAACUUUAACGUUAGUUACUACCGCUUCUGAAAUCAAUUUAAUAUAUAACCUUUCUCAAAAAAUUUCCUCGCUAAAUAAAAUAUUACACAUAAUAGUAUACAUUCUGAGAUUUUUGCGCCUUAUUCCUUAUGACAAAUUACAAAAGGUUAUUACGGUACGCGAGUUAGCUGCCGCUGAGACUUAUUUGAUUCGUUGCGUUCAACGACAUCACUUUAAACAUAUCUACGAUGAAAUUAACAAUAAAAAGCUUUCCACACAAUUUAAAAAACUCGACCUUUUUAUAGACGAGCAGGGUAUAAUUAGAAUCGGAGGCAGGCUUUCCAAUGCUGAUCUUCCCUAUGAGGCUCAGCAUCCCGCACUCUUGCCAAAAGGCGAUAAAUUUACACAUAUUCUAAUAGAUUAUUAUCACCGCGUUCAUUGCCACACUGGCGCAAAUGUUUUGACUUCUCUUUUGCGACAAAAAUAUUGGAUCCUCUCUUCUAGAGGUGUUAUAAGAAAGAGAUUACAUGCUUGUAACUUCUGUUUUAAACUUUCUCCUUCUCACUCCAGCCCAAAAAUGGCUGAUUUACCCGCUUGUCGCGUACAAGAGACUAAAGCUUUUGUUCAUACGGGUGUGGACUAUGCUGGUCCCAUCAAAAUAACUUUAUGUAGACGCCGCGGUCAAAAAAGUCAAAAGGCUUACAUAUGCCUAUUCAUUUGUUUUGUUACCAAGGCAGUUCAUAUUGAAUUAGUCACAGACUUAUCAUCUGAUACAUUUAUCUCCGCUUUUAAAAGAUUUAUUUCCCGCAGAGGACCAGUUUCUUGUCUAUAUUCAGACAACGGAACAAAUUUCGUAGGAGCCAAGGCUCAAUUGCAAGAAUUAUUUGCUGACCGCUACCGCAUAGACUGGAAAAUGAUUCCACCCCGCGCUCCCCACUUUGGAGGGUUGUGGGAAUCUAAUAUAAAAUCUAUAAAAACUCAUUUAUACCGCGUUAUUGGUUCCCAACUUCUUACCUAUGAGGAGCUUUCGACUGUUCUCACCGAGAUUGAGGCAGUUCUAAACUCGAGACCGCUUUGUGUCCUGAAUGAGGAUCCGUAUCCAGAACCGCUUACCCCCGCGCAUUUUAUAAUGGCUUCUCCAUUAACUUCCUUGCCUGUCGUGGAUGUUCCCGACACAACGAAGUCUCUAACUUGCCGCAAGAAAUUACUUGACCAAAUGAUUUGUAGCUACUGGAAACGCUGGCGUAUAGAAUAUUUACAUAAUCUUCAAGUUAGACAAAAAUGGUUGAAUGCUGUAGACAAUAUUAAAAUUGGUACAGUGGUUCUCAUACAUCAAGAUGAUCUUCCUCCUUUACGUUGGCCAAUGGGUGUAAUAACCGAAGUUUUUCCCGGCAAGGAUGGGACAACCCGCGUAGCCAUGGUGAAGACAUGCAGUGGCUCUUUUAAGAGACCUGUUGUCAAACUAUGUCCUUUACCAUCUCAAUAAUAUUACCGCGUAAUCCAAACUUAAUAUUAGCUUUACUUUACUCAGUAUACUUACUUUCAAUUUCUUUAAUUUCCUUUUGAGAAUAUUACAUAUCCUCAAAGCCGGGGAGAAUGCUCGCGCAAGUUUUACAUUUUUAAUUUCAUUAACUAUAUUGUUUCUAAUGCAAUUUCUGAAUGCAUCUUUUCUAACAUUUUAUACUUCCGCAACCGCAAAGUAUGAGUUGGCUAUCCUUCCCUUUCCCUCCUAUCCCGCUACAAUACACCAGAAAGAGAAGGAAGAUGCGCCGCGCGCACCAACUCUCGGCGCGACUAGCGCCGCAACGCUCCCGCCGUUGUAUUCCGAAAACUUUUCGAAUCACCGCGACACCGCUCCGCAUUUUAUGUAAAAAUAAAUUAAAUAACCGCACCGCUUCAUCUCAAACCGCUUAAAAUCAGUGUUAGUGUAGCCGGCACACAAGAACUAAUCGUGAGUGACAGUGUAUUUAAUCUACGCGUAGAGGAAACAGCAUCGCAGGCCUGCGACAACGUGCUCGUCCACCAUCCAGCGCAAGUGAGCACUUAGAAUAAGAAUAUGUGGGUGCUGGCUGUGUCACCGGAACACGUUCAGGUCAUCACACGGUCGACGGCGUUCAUUGCAGGAGCACGCCUCGACACGGCAUGCGUGACCCCGCAUCAACAUUUUCUCAAGUGCUCCUGAAAAUCUCGAGGAAUAGUUCUACGUAUACACGGCCCGGCAAUCACUUACGUGGUUAUAUCGCCGACGGAAUCGUGCAUGCCAUACCAAAUACUAGAUCCCAUAUAAAAGUAUCUUUGCUAAACGUGCAAUGAGCAAUAGAGUAUUGGAUAACCUUCCUAGAUACAGCAUUUCGUAUUUAUUGCAAUUGUGACAAUUAUCAAAAGAAUUUGUCUCUCGAUUGUUUUGAUCUCUCCUGUGGUCGAAAAGAUGUAUUUCCUCACCCUGAAUGCAGCAUUGCCAAACCGAUUGCGAUAAUCGGUUUAGCCAUUUUGAAAUAAAAAUGAUAUAUAUUCUCA